CAUCUAUCGUCUKCUGUUGCUAUCGGUGCCGUUGUCACCAUUGGCGGUGUCGAGUUUCUCCUUUUCCCGGCAGCCAGGACCACCGCUCUUCGUUCGACUGGCGGCGCAGCGAGGAGCAGACAGCGAUCCAAUGGAGGCCUCCGAUCAUUUCGUGCACGUCGUGCCCUCCGGCUCCCCGUGCGACACUUCAAGGARUAGCGAUGCAAAGGGAAGCAUAUGCGAUAGCUUCCAGAGUGUUCAGACCAGAGACGGUUUGCAUCGCCGACGAACAAUCUACUUGAUCCGUCACGGGGAGGCAGAGCACAACGUACGGGAAAAAAUAGCUCAGAAGAAGGCCGAAGAGGAGGCAAAGGAAUUGAACCUGUCUCCCGAAGAAACGCACGAGCGGAUGGAAGAAGCAAGAAAAUCGGUGUUGCAGGACAAAUCCCUGCGGGAYGCAGCCCUAACCGAGAAAGGMCGGCAACAGGCGCGAGAAACAUCCCAAAAGCUCAGGGAAUUGAUUGCCAACAAGACAAUCCAUCACCCGACSGAAGCAAUGUGCAGCCCGCUCUCCAGGUGCCUGGAGACGUGCAAGAUCAUUCUAGAGGAYCAGGACCUAAAGGCGCACAUACGACCAGAAAUYGCGGAACGACGAACGCUGUAUCCACCGGACAGGCCGAAGCCUCUCGACCAGCUCUUGCGAUGCACGCGAGAAGACGACCGGUUUUCCAUCGAGAACAUGGAGCAGCUGCUUCCCCAUAAAAUCGAGGACGAAGCCCUGGUCCGUGAGUCGAAGGAAAUGCUCCGGGAACGCGCCGGCGAGAUGUUYGACCUCUUGAUGGAAUGCGAUCAUCGCCACGUUCUCGUAGUGAGCCACAAGGGAUUCCUGCGAGAGCUGGAACGAGGUUUGUUUGGGAUUCCCGACAGCCCCCUGUUUGACAAUUGCGAGUUGAGGGUGUACCGGGUCAUUUUCACGCAGGGUGAYAGGGAGCUAUUUCAUUUAGAGCGCAUGGCAUAAGUAUCACCCGAAGAAAAGUUUGCCUUCUGUGUCCUCGAUUUGUGUGUGUGUGUACAUAUGAUAGCAUGACAAAGAUAAUUAUAUUUUGAAAAACAUAAUGGUCGAGAGCUGAGUAGAUAUCAUCAUUUUAAUGGUACAUCCAGAGUUUGUGGCUGUAUAGUUGUCUCACAAAGUACGUGCCAUAGUAUCUGCUGCGGAACAACUCAGCASCAGAAUCUAAAAGAUCCGUCCCGUAGGAGCUUCUUUUGUGUCGUAUUUCAGUCCCUGUUCAAUACAGGUGAUGUGGAUGACAACUUCCUAUUACACUCGUUACUUUCCAACAAUAAGAGAUUUUAGAUGAA